AUGGGAAGUGGCCAUUACAGGUCCAGGACUCUUCCAGGACUAUUUUCAAGAACAGCCUCUUCAGGAUUGAAAAGUAAACACAGGACGGUCAUACCAUGUCUGGAGCAUUGUAAGGAAGAAUAUGACAAAAUCUCUAAGCUGUAUAAGAGCAAUGAAAUACGGACAACAAAGUACAGGUUAUGGAACUUUAUACCAAAGAAUCUAUUUGAACAAUUUCACAGAGCUGCCAAUUUAUAUUUCUUAUUUAUCGUUCUGCUAAACUGGGUUCCAGCGGUGGAAGCCUUUAAAAAAGAAAUCACAAUGAUCCCUCUUGUUGUGGUUCUCUCCAUUAUUGCAAUCAAAGAUGCCCUGGAGGAUUGCACAAAAUACAAAUUAGAUAGAAAGAUAAACAACUUAGUAACCCAAGUCUACUGUAGGAAAGCAAAGCAAUACAAAGCCAAGUUCUGGAAAGAUGUUCAUGUUGGUGAUAUUAUCCGUCUGUCUUGUAAUGAGGAGAUUCCAGCUGAUAUGGUGCUGAUAUAUUCUAGCGAUGGAGACGGCAUCUGCCACCUGGAGACAUCAAGCCUUGAUGGGGAGACCAAUCUCAAAGAGAGGCAGGUGGUCAAAGGAUAUGCAGAGCAGGCUACUGAACAUCAUCUGGAAUACUUCUCAGGCAAAAUAGAAUGUGAGCCCCCUAACAAUGAUCUCCACUCCUUCCGGGGCUUUAUCGAGAAUUCAAAUAGGGAGCGAGUGGGACUGAGUAAGGAAAAUUUGCUGAUGCGAGGAUGCAUUGUCAGAAAUACAGAAACUGUCGUUGGCAUUGUGGUGUAUGCAGGUCAUGAAACGAAAGCAAUGUUAAACAACUCUGGGUCUCGUUACAAGAGAAGCAAACUAGAGAAGAGGGUGAACCGUGAUAUCAUCUGGAGUGUUCUGCUUCUCAUUGUGAUGUGCCUUAUAGGGGGAGUGGGUCAUGGAUUUUGGUUAAACAGAUAUUCAGAUCCGCCUCUCUACCAUACCGGAAAACAACUUUCUCCAACCUGGGGAGGAUUUUUAAUGUUUUGGACAAUGAUUAUUUUGUUACAGGUCUUGAUCCCAAUUUCUCUCUAUGUUUCUAUUGAAUUUGUCAAACUGGGCCAAAUCUAUUUUAUCCGGAAUGACAUUGAUUUGUAUGAUGAAGCCACAGACACCAGGAUUCAAUGUGGAUCACUGAAUAUAGCAGAAAACCUUGGCCAGAUACAAUACGUUUUCUCAGAUAAAACUGGAACCCUCACAGAGAACAAAAUGGUUUUUCGGAGGUGUACUAUUGCAGGACAGGAAUACGGCCAUGAGGAGAAUGCUAGGAGGCUAGAAGCAUAUAUAGACUGCGAUGAGGAUGAGGACGAGGCACCGGUGUGUCCUUCACAUUGCACUAUGACGCCGCUGUCCAGAUCAAGGUUUUUUAGCCGGAAAUCGAGUGCAUUUCUGUCGAACAAGUCACUAAGCCACACGUUUCCCAGCACCAGUACUGUGGCCACGAGACAACUGGCCUUCAGUAGCCCAAUUGAGACAGAUGUUGUGCCAGACAUGCAACUUGUAUCCAAAUUCAAUCGGAUCUCUUUGAAAAAUUAUACCCAGCUUGACUCGGAGAAGCCUAUGCCAGAGCUAGUGUACAUCAAUGAAUUCUUCACUGCUCUCGCUAUUUGCAACACGGUUGUUGUUUCAGUUCCUAAUCAACCGCGUCUUAGGCCAGGUUAUCUUACUGAACCAGCUAUGCAGUUUGGAUGCCCAUCAGCUACUGUAGUAUCUCGGCAUGAAGAAGUGGAGCCCUUUAGUUCCCUUGAGAAUACGGAAAACAGCUUGUCCACUGAAUGCUUAAAUGCACGUGAAAAAGCUCAAGUUGGAUUGUCCAGUGAACCAUUGACUCCACCUGAGCUGUCUUAUGAAGCGGAGAGUCCUGAUGAAGCGGCACUAGUCCAUGCCGCCAGGGCUUACCAAUGUAUUUUGAAGGCUAGGAAUCCUGAGCAGGUGACGGUAGACCUGGGUCCUCUGGGAAUACAAAGUUUUCAGAUGUUACACAUCUUGCCUUUUGACUCUACCCGGAAAUGCAUGUCCGUAGUGGUGAAGCACCCAAUUUUGAACCAGAUUGUGGUGUACACAAAGGGGGCAGAUUCUGUUAUUAUGGAUUUACUAACAACCAAACCAACAGAUAUUAAAAAGAUAGAACUGCAAAGGAAAAAAAUUAAGGAAAGAACGCAGAUGCACUUAAAUGAGUAUGCUACAAAAGGGCUCCGCACCCUCUGUAUAGCUAUGAAGGUGUUGAGCAGUGAGGAAUACCAAGAGUGGCUGAAAGGCCAUUAUUUAGCAGAAAGCAGUAUUGAAAACAGGGAACAGAUGCUCCUUGAGUCUGCAAUGAGGCUUGAGAACGAUUUAACGUUACUUGGGGCCACUGGAAUUGAAGACCGCUUGCAAGAUGGUGUCCCGGAAAGCAUAGAGGCACUCCGAAAAGCAGGGAUUAACAUCUGGAUGCUGACAGGUGAUAAGCGUGAGACAGCCAUCAAUAUAGCCUGUUCCUGUAAAUUACUGGACCCAGUUGACGAAGUCUUCACCCUCAUAGCUGAUACUCUGGAUGCCUGUGGAAAGAUGCUGGAGAGCAUUUUAGAAGACAUCAAGACAAAUGCUCCUUCCAAGGACAGGCAAAGCACUGCGUCCCAAACCACCGUUCCCCAGUUCAGCUCUGCACUCGUCAUCGAUGGGCCAACCUUAGCAUUUGCCUUGCAUCCGAGUCUACAGAGUAAGUUCCUGCAGCUCACCAAAAGUGUCCGGGCUGUCAUCUGCUGCAGAGCGACGCCACUGCAGAAGGGCCAGCUGGUGAAGCUGGUACGGAAGGAGCUGAAAGUGAUGACACUCGCCAUAGGUGACGGUGCCAACGAUGUUAGUAUGAUUCAAGUUGCUGAUGUUGGAAUUGGAAUCGCUGGCCAAGAAGGCAUGCAGGCUGUGUUGGCAAGCGAUUUUGCCAUUUCUCAGUUCAAACACCUCAGCAAGCUGCUGUUUGUCCAUGGCCACUGGUGCUACACCCGACUGGCUAAUAUGAUCCUUUACUUUUUCUACAAGAAUUUGGCAUACGUAGGCCUCCUGUUCUGGUUCCAGUUCUUCUGUGGAUUUUCAGGAACCCCCAUGAGUGAUUACUGGAGUUUGAUUUUCUUCAACCUUCUGUACACUUCAGUACCACCAAUCAUUUAUGGGGUGUUAGACAAGGAUGUCUCGGCACAAACACUUUUAAGGAGGCCAGAACUUUACAAAGCUGGACAAAGAAAUGAGCCGUACAUGAGAUCAGCCUUUGCAGGGAACUUAGCAGAUGCUCUUUAUCAAAGCUUGGUUUGCUUUCUUAUCCCUUACUUCACCUUCCUUCACUCUGACAUUCACAUAUACUCCUUUGGGAGUGUAAUGAACACUUCCAUGUUCUUUGUAAUACUACUACACCUCAUCAUUGAAAGUAAAACUUUGAACUGGAUACACUGGUCUGUUAUAGCUGGUAGUGGCGUACUCUUCUUCGGCAUUAAUGGGACUCUUGGAGCUGCCUGUGUCCUCUGCAAUCCACCAGCCAAUCCAUACUGGGUUUUGCAGAGACAUCUGUCUAAUCCAGUGUUUUAUCUGAUCUGCAUCAUCACAACUGUCGUGGCUCUUCUCCCAAGGUUUAUGUUCAGGGUGAUCCAGUCCACCAUAUUUCCAAGUCCCCUGAUGGAAGCCAGUCAACUUGAGGAAACAGCUCCUAAAGGAGGGAGGCGACUGCUGCACAGUCCAAAAACUGCCCCAAUGUGA